GCCGAGCAGGGAGCCCGAUGCGGGACUCGAUCCAGGGACUCCAGGAUCAUGACCUGAGCGGAAGGCAGUCGCCCAACCAACUGAGCCACCCAGGCGCCCGGAAGUGGAAUUUAUUUAUGUUGCUUUUGCCGAGAAGUUAGGGAAAGCAAACUGGUGGAGGAAAGAUUUAAAAAAUAGAACAUUAAAUUUUUAUUAAGCCAGAAUUGCCUUGUUUAAUUGAUUGUUACUAAGCUAAAAUUAUUUUCUAAUUUUUAUGCUGGUGAAAUAUUACAGUUAUGCAAAUAUUAAUAAAUCAAAAGUGAAAACCCCUUCACCCCACCUCACCCAUUCCCCAGGGGCAGCACUGUUAGUUUGAUGAGUAUGUUUCUGGAUUUUUUAUUUAUGCUUAAAUCCACAGCUAUGAUAUUUUAAAACAAAAAUGAGAUUGCGCCAUUCACACUGGUAUACAUAGCAUCUACAGCCUGCUUCUCUCUCCUACCCCUCUCCUGACUCACUAUAUCAUGAACAGUCUUAGAACUAAUUUUCAAAGAAAAUGUCAUUAUAUGACACAGAGAAGGUUGCUGUAGUAAUAUAUGGAUAUUGCUUUGAGUCAAUCGAAAAAUCAGUUUGGCCAAAACUUACCUCCUGCGAGAAGCCCUCUCUGAUCAACUCUACUCUGAUUUUUUUUUUUUUUCAGUCCCUUCUUCUGAAUCAUCCAGUAGCCUUACAUCUUGUUUUUGUAUAAUAUUUCGCCUCUGCUCAUAAACAUAUUCCUUUCUUGUACUCAAGCCCUUUUGGUUGCCAAGACCGAAGAGCCCGUUUUGUAAGCCCUUUGGUUGCCUCUCCCUGUUGAUCUCUUCCAGUCUUUUCACUCUCUGUGUUGGCUUCUUUACUCAUUCUUCCUUUCCCUCACCACUUGGCUUCCAUUUGUUUCUUGGUUCAUUCAGCAAAUAAGUACCUAGUGUCACAACAUGCCAGGGGGAGUUCUAGCACAUACAGUUUGGGUCGUUUUAAUCCUGACUUCAAAUCAUGGCCUCCUUUAAUUCCACUUACCAAAUUCUCCCACGUUUCUUGGUUCAAAUUUCUAAGCUGGAUCACGUGGCCCAGUUUACGGAGGGACAUUCUGCGGCCCAGGGCCUAUUCAACCAGAUGUGGCUGGAGAGGGGCGUGGAGGAUGGUGCUGGGAGAGCCCUUCACAGCCCUGACAUGCCCAGCUCACUCCAUCAAUGUUCUCAGGUCUUACCUGUGCAUUGGUGACGUACCCCUAACCAGAAUAUCAGUCAGGAAGGACUGUAUCUCUACCAUGAUCUGCUCACAGGAAGUGUUUAUAAACAAUGUGAACACAGGUGCUCUUUCCUUUACGUGGAGGUGGGCUUGUUGUGGGUAGUGGGCAAGCAUCACAACCUCCCUCCUGUUCAGAGAAAGCACAGCUAGUUAUCAGAGCUUUCCAUGCCAUAGAGAACUGCAGGUCACAUCACAUGAAUGCUGUCUUUGAAGGUAAAGGUGAAGAGAGAUUAGGAACUGGAGGAAAAUUAUAUGUGAGAAAUAUAAAGUGAGUGCCAUUUUUAAAUUCCCAUACAUGGAAAUAAAAAUUGAGUAUUUAAAAUGGAAUUAAAGACCUGGGCCAGAGUCCUUUUGCUUGGAGCCAGGCAAUUUUAUUCAACAACUGUCUUCAAAUGCCCAGGUCACAAUUCCUGUUAAUACACAGAAUUUGUAGAAGAAAUUAUAACACAACAUAGCAUUGAUGACUCAAGAGGGCUAGGAGGUUAGAGUCUAAUUUAUAUCCAGUCUCUCUUAAAUUGAAAGUUUUGUCAGGGAUGAUACAGAGAAUCAAUGACAAUUAUGUGAUAUUAGAAACAGUUGGUGACAGAACUACGGGUUGGAUGGCUUUUCUACCUUGUCCUUUCCUGUUCUUGGUACCAGUCUUCCAGGUCUCUUCGUUCAUUUGAGAGGACAUCUGCUAAACAUCAGCAGAUUGGAAAUUCAAGUUCAAAUGAAAUAGCUUGAGGAACCGGCUGACUAAUUGUGUUGCAGUGGGAGGGCAGGAGGCCGUAAUCCUCAGAGCCGCUACCAGAAUCCUAGGUGCACCGGGGAGCCAGGCAGCGCAGGGCCCCUUCUGCCUGUGCAGAGAGGAACCCAGAGAAAUACUGGCAUGUGUCAGGCUGCCAGCAGGCACAGGGGAAGCCAUCUAAAGAAGCAAGCAUGUGGAAGGGAUCAGGAUCAGUGCUUCCCUCGUGGUUCUUGCUUCAUUGGUUGCAGCAAAGUCUCUCCCUCCUGCCCAGUUUGCUCGGUGGCUUCCCCCCUGGCUUCCCCACCUCCAGGUUAACACUGCUCCCGUCCUUCCUCCACACCAGCAGCACUCACUACGCUUUCCACGUGAUCAAGUUAAGUGGCUCUUCUGUCCAGAAAACAUUGCCUUUUCACUGACUGCCACACACACACACACACACACACACACACACACACACACACACACACACACACACACACACCCCACCCCACCCCAACCCAACCCACACCCAAAUCCCUCAAGGAACAUUUACAUUCUGACCCCAGCCAAUUCUAACAUCACCUGUCUCUACUUCCUGCCAUGUGACACCAGAUUCUCAUAACCACACCAGCCUCCUGGCUUCUUUUUUUGUGUCUGGAAUGUUACCGACACCCCAAAACCUGCCAUCUGUCUUCCUCAUCCCUAUCUCUCCCUCCCUUCCCACAGCCGAAAGAGGAAGUUCUCCUCUGUGUUACCAUAGCACUUAAGUUGUACUUCCGACCUCAGCGAUUUUUGUUGUUCACAGGUUUGUUUUCUCUAUUGGACUUUGAGCAUUUUUAGGGCAGAAAUCUUUUGUCCAUUCACCUUCACACCCCAGCACCUAGCAAAGGCAAAGUGCUCAUUGCAGGUGCUCACAAGUAGUGUUUGAAGGGAGGAUAAUCAUGGAGACAGUUGUUGUCUUUUAAAUAUUUGAUAUGCUUUUGGACUAGAUAUAGACAGCUCUUAAUAUGUCAAUCCUGAUAACAAGUUUCCAACAUAUGUUGGUUUCCUCACCAGCAAAAUAAAAAUGUUAAUCUGGGUUACAUAACAACAUGCAAGAAAAAUAGUUCGAGUACCAGGAAGCAAUCUGGUUAGGAGGUUGGCAGUGUGAAUCCAAACUCCUUUUUCAAGCACUUUGAAUAAAAACAAGGGGUAGUCUUCCACGAUGAAGACCCAGGUUUUGGGUAUCUCUUUUUGCCUGGAUCUGCUUAGAUACAGAAAUCGGGGAUUGGAUUAUAGCUCUCCUCCUCCUUUAACUCUAAAAUUAUAUAAUUCCAGUGGUUCUACUGAACAAAUGUUAAAUAUUGCAUAAAUUUUUUUGAGUGCUCCAAUUGGCAAUCCGAGCUUACACUGAAAGCCCUGCUUAUUACCAGUGCUGCAAAGCAUAUUCAGGAAUUCAUUUGACUUUGAAUAAUGGGCGUGCAAACACAUUAAGUGAUCAUUUCCACAACUGUUCUGUUUCUUUAAGAGGCCUCGCUUGUUCAGUUGGAAGAUCAUUGAACCCAGUGAGGGUCAAUAAAAGAAUAAAAAGUCACUGGUUAGUGAUUUCAGUACAAGGAACUUGAUCCCAGCUCAGUAUUGGUGUCCAUAUGCUGCUCACAACCAGAGGGGGAGUGUUUGAUCCUCAGCAGCUUGCCCUUCCUCAGGAUGGCUUCUGGAAGACUAAUCAAGCUCCUGGCUUUUGAACUUCUUGAGUUUGCUGCUUUCUCCAUUCCCACGCUCGUGAUUGUGGAACAGUUUGCCACUGCCUAUCAAAGCAGAGAGGGCAGCCCCGAGAAAACGCAUUAUUGGCUGAUUGUUUCCUCUUCAAUCGCCUAUGUGGCUUUGGUAACUCUACUGAUUUGGGUUCCCAUAAAAGUUUUCUUAUACAAGAAGCAUCACCUUUCCAAAAAAAUUAAAGGAUGGAGACCUGUUAUGAUGAUGUGUGUUAUACUCACCACACUUCCCAGCUUCAGCUUUUCUAUCGCAAUGACCGAGGUUCAAAAAAAUAUUAAUGGUCCUGUGGAUAUCUUACCUGAUAAUUUACCUGACCUGCCAGUUUCUCUGGUUCUGACUUCCUUGAUUGUGGUUGAUAUUAUUGAAAAACUCAGGAUAUAUCCUCUUAGAGGGCGGCUAAAGAGUAACGAUGAUAGGCACGGUCAUACAGCUACUUUGCAGGAAAUAAAAACUGUGACGGACCAAGUGAAGCAAAAUGAAGAAAGCACUUCACCUCCUCAGCCGGCUAGGAGGACCGAGGCAUCAUGGCCAUCGGCAACAAGGAUGCAGAACCCCGCUCCAGUGCUGGCGAGACCCCAAGAGCCCUCCUUUCACUCGGGAGUCCUGGGAAAUAUGUCCCGGCAGGACGACCGUGCCCAGAUCUUCCUGUGGAGCUUUGUGCUGUGGUCUGACACCAUAGAAAUGGUGCGCGUGGCUGGCCACUCCGCCGUGUAUAAGUCAGGCUGGCUAUACCCAGUCUACAUAUUCAGUUUUAUUUCUCUCCUUCGAAUUAUAUUAACUCCUCAGAACCCUCUUCUGAAUUCCCUGGGCAUCCUUCUCCAGGAUUUACCCUUUAUUUUUGUUAGACUUAGUUUAGUCAUUGCCCUGGGAACUAUCACACCUGUACUGGGCCUUUGUAAAAACAUACUGGUAACUCUCUCUUAUGUGUACUUCAAUCACGUAACCAAAUUCAGGGCUUUCUCUACUUUUGAAACGUCUUCAUUUUAAAGAGAAAAUGUAAUAUAGUCAAACCUCUGCAUUAUGCAUGUGUACACAUUUGUAAUUUUUUUUUUUCUGGGGCAUAAGUUUUUGUACUGUGUAAAGAAAUGAAUACAUUUUAGAGAAUACACUAUUUUUAAUAACUGUAGCAUAUCACUUUUAAAAAAAUAUAUUCAAAUGAUGUUAAAUUUAAGCAAAGUUUUAUUCUGAUGUUAACUCCCCUGUAUCUGUAGAAAAUGUGAGUCAUUUUAGUUAUGUAUACCAAACUUUUUCUUAAAACGCUCUUCAUUAAAGCUUUAAAAAAAUUAGAACGUGUUUUCCCACUAAGUUAGCCCAAGAAUGAGAUUCUUAUCAUUUAUAUAAAUUAUAGAGCAUUACAAGACUUAGUGAGAACUGUUUUUUUAGAAAAUACACCUCAAGUUCUUGAAUAAUUUUUAGAUUAUACUUUUUAACAAUUUGAAUUGUAGUUUUAGGGUCUUCUUCACACAUGGGAUUAUGUUCUUUAAUACACUGUGGCAAGUGACUUUUAUGUAAUCGACGAAUUUCAGCAUAAACAGCAAUUCAGUUUAACAGAUGUUUGGUUCAGUUUGAGGCACAGUUCUUUCACUAGUACUGAAGUAUUAAUGCAAAUACUGUUUAGUAGAAUGAAGUCUAGGUACAUCAGUAAUACCUAAAGUUUUAUAAUAGGAAGAAGCCAUACACUGAAGAUGUGGAUUUCAAAGAAUAUUUUGUUUGUGGAAUUUCAGACCAUCCUAAAAACAGUUGCACACCCUGUUUAGAAUUAGACAUUCAGCUUAUGAACAUAGCAGCAAAUGCUUAGUGUUUUAUGUGAUAAUAUGUAAUGAAUAUCUUGAUAUUAAGUGAUUAGAUACAUAAUUGUGAAAUUUGCUUUCACUAUAUUGGGACACUCUUGGAUAUUCAGCUGCUAGAAAAAUUUGGGAGGCUUAUGUGUGCAGAGUAAUGUGUUAAACUAGCAAGUCUCUUCAGUGAUCUGUGGCAACAAAUAGCUUAAGGAUAGAUAACUUACCUGCCACCCCUACUCUCCACCAAAUUCCCCAGUCUCAGUGGCCCCCUGUGCUUUAUGGUUUUCCCUCACACUAUAAAAAAAGAUCUAUUCACAGUUAUUAAAAGCUUAGCUUCUAGUUUUAUGACUUGGGGCAAGUUUUUGACCACCGUAAGCCCUAGUUUCCACAUCUAAAACAUGAGACUAAUAACAGUACCUUAGUAGGUUAGAAUUGUACUUUAAGAAAAUUGAGAGGAUUAUAUGAGAUAGGAAAUGCUCUCAUGACAUUGUCUGGCAAACAAUAAUAACCCGAUAAAUUCUCAAUAUUUCAAAUAUACCAAAUCCCAGAGAAACAAGUAGCUAAAUGCAUUGUUUUGAUUUUCCUGUCUCAUUCUUUGCUGCAUCCCUGUUUACUGUCUGGGAAUAAAAAUUUUAACCAUGCAUUUGUGAAAAAUAAUAUGUAAAGUCUUAAGAUUACCUCAGAUUAUAAUUUUUCACCAAGUAGUAUUAGGUUCAAAAUGAGCAAAUAUACAGAUUAAAGUUGUUGUGGCUAUUGAUUCUUCAGGCAUUUGACUGUCCCUCCUGAGUUUUCAUAGAGCCUAAUUGUAGCACUCGGUUAAGACUUUCAUUAUGGAUUGGCUUUAUUGAGUUCCCCAUUAAUGUUUAAGUCCUUAAUCUUGUUUAACAAUGUAUCUCUCACCUCAUCUGUCAAUCCAACAGGAACUUCUAAUACUUCUAACUCUUAAAAAAUGAGAAUUGAAAUCAUUUCUUUCAAAUAAUGCUAUGAUAAUCUUUUUUAAUUAAGGAAAACCUAUGAUGAGGUAGUUGAUUUGUAAUAUUCUUAUUUAUGAAGUAUUUUACAUACAUUUAUAUUUAUCUUUAUGUUGGAAUUUGUAGAGUGAACAGUGCUCAAACUCUAAAUAUUACUGAGUUUAGAAUGCAUUUUGUGUCUAAUAUUUGAAUAUGGAUGUACCUGAUAUAUUAGGAAGUCAUAACACUUUAUCCAAAUAGUAAAGUCAUGUACAUGUAGGGGGAAAAUUAUUGAGUAACUAAUUUAAUUUAGUAUUUUAUUUCAAGAGUAUACACAUGUUUAUAAAGUUCAAGUCUAUAUUUUUUUAUAUUUAAUGCUUUUCAGUAUUUUGUUUAAUUAAAAUUUUUUUAAUUGAAGAAUAGUUGACAUACAAUAUUAAUUUUAGGUGUAUAACAUAGUAAUUUGUUUACAUACAUUACAAAAUGAUCACAGUAAUGAGUCUAGUUACCAUCUGUCAUCAUACACAGUAUUUACAAUAUUAUUGCCUACACUCCCUAUGCUGUACUUUAUAUCCCCGUGACUUAUUUAUUUUAUAACUGGAAAAUUACACCUCUUAAUCCUCUUCACCUAUUUCACCCAUCCACCCCCACCCUUCCCCUCUGGCAAUUACCAAUUUGUUCUCUGUAUCUAAGAGUCUAUUUCUGUUUUGUUUUGUUUGUUCAUUUGUUUUGUUUUUUAGAUUCCACAUAUAAAUGAAAUCAUAUGGUAUUUGUCCUUCUCUGUCUGACUUAUUUCACUUAGCAUCAUACCAUCAAGAACCAUCCAUGUUGUUACAGAUGGCAAGAUUUCAUUUUUUUAAUGGCUGAGUAAUAUUCCAUUGUAUAUAUAUCACAUUUUUAAAUUUAUUCAUGUGUUGAUGGAUACUUAGGCUGCUUCUGUAUCUUGGUUAUUGUGAACAGUGCUGCAAUGAACAUAGGGGUGCACAUAUCUUUUUGAAUCAGUGUUUUCAUUUUCUUCUGAUAAAUACCCAGAGGUGGGAUCACUGGAUUGUAUGGUAGUCCUAUUUUUAAUUUUUUGAGGUAUCUCCAUACUGUUUUCCAUAAUGGCUGAACAAUAUUACAUACAUUCCCACCAACAGCUGUAGGUUCCCAUUUCUCCACAUUCUUACCAACACUUAUUAUUUCUUGUCCUUUGGAUACUAGCCAUUCUGAUUGGUGUGAGGUGAUAUUGUAGUUUUGAUUUGCAUUUCCCUGGUUAUUAGUGAUGUUGAGCAUCUUUUCAUGUGUCUGUUGGCCAUCUGUAUGUCCUCUUUGGAAGAUGCCUCUUCACCUCCCUCCUCUGUCUAUUUUUUAAUUAAAUUGUGUUUUUUGGGGGUUUUUUUGGUGUUGACUUGUAUUAGUUCUUUAUAUAUUUUGGAUAUUAACCCCUUAUCAGACAUAUCAUUGGCCAAUAUAUUCUCCCAUUCGGUAAGUUGCCUUUUCAUUUUGUUGAUGGCUUUCUGCAAAAGCUUUUUCAUUUGAUGUAGUCCCAUUUGUUUAGUUUUGCUUCUGUUGCCCUUGCCUCAGGAGAUAGAAAAAAAAUACUGCUAAGACCUAUGUCUAAGAGUUUACUGCCUAUGUUUUCUUUUAGGAAUUUUAUGGUUUCAGGUCUUAAAUUUAUGUCUUUAAUUAAUUUUGACUUUAUUUUUGUAUAUGUGUUGAAAAAGUGGUCCAGUUUCAUUCUUUUCCAUGUAGCUGUCCAGUUUUCCCAACAUCAUUUAUUGAAGAACCUGUCUUUUUCCUCAUCAUAUAGUCUUGCCUCCUUUGUCAUAGAUAAAUUGACCAUAUAAUUGUAGGCUUUUUUCUGGGCUUUCUAUUUUAUUCUAUUGAUUUGUGUGUCCAUUUUGUGUGUGUAUGCAUGUGUGUGUGUGUGUGUGUGUAUGUGAGUGAGUACUAUGCUGUUUUGAUUAUUAAAGCUUUGUAGUAUAUUCUAAAGUCAAGAAGCAUGAACCUCCAACUUUGUUCUUUUUCAAGAUCGCUUUGGUUAUUCAGGGCCUUUUUUGCUUCCACACGAAUUUUAGGACUAUUUGUUCUAUUUCUAUGAAAAAUGCCAUUGGUAUUUUGAUAGGAUUACAUUGAUCCUAUAGAUUGCUUUGGGUAGUAUGGAUAUCUUAACAAUAUUACUUGUUCCAAUUCAGAAGCAUGACAUAUCUUUCUAUUUAUUUGUGUCAUCUUCAAUUACUUUCAUCAACAUCUUAUAUUUUUCACAGUACAAGUCUUUCACUUCCUUGGUUAAAUAGGUAUUUUAAAAUACUUAUUCCUGGGUACUUUAUUCUUUUUGGUGCAACUGUAAAUGGGAAUGUUUUCUUAAUUUCUUUUUCUAAUAAUUCAUUAUUAGUGUACAGAGAUGCAACAGAUCUGUGUAUAUUAAUUUUGUAUCCUGCAACUUUACUGAAUUCAUUUAUUAGUUCUAGCAAUUUUUUGGUAGAGUCUUUAGCCUUUUCUGUAUGUGUAAUUAUGUCACCUGAAUAUAGUGACAGUUAUACUUCUUACUAGUUUGAAUGCCUUUUAUUUCCUUUUCUUGUCUUAUUGCUGUGGCUAAGACUUCUAGUGCUAUGUUGAAUACAAGUUCCAAAAGUGGGCCUCCUUGUCUUGUUCCUGAUCUUAGAGGACAAGUUCGCAACUUUUCACUAUAGAGUAUGAUGUUAGCUGUGGGUUUGUCAUAUAUGGCCUUUAUUAUGUUGAGAUAUGUUCUCCUAUACCCACUUUGUUGAGUUUUUACUCAUAAGUGGAUGUUGAAUUUUGUCAAAUGCCUUUUCUGCAUUUAUUGAGAUGAUAUGAUUUUUAUUUUCAUUUUGCUAAUAUGGUGUAUCAUGUUGAUUGACUUGCAGAUAUUGAGCCAUCCUUGCAUCUUGGGAAAAAUCCCACCUGAUCAUGGUAUAAGAUCCUUUUAAUUUAUUGUUGAAUUCAAUGUACUAAUACUUUGUGAGGAUUUUUGCAUCUACAUUCAUUAGGAAUAUUUGGCCUGUAAUUUUUUUUUACUAUCUUUGUCUAGUUUUGAUAUCAGGAUAAUGCUGGACUCUUGAAUUUGGAAGCACUCCUUUCUCUUCAAUUUUUUGGAGCAGUUUCAGGAAGAUAGAUGUCAAUUCCUCUUUUAAUGUUCAAUAGAAUUCACCUAUGAUGCCAUCUGGUCCUGGAUUUUGGUUUGUUGGGAGUUUUUUGAUUAUUAAUUCAAUUUCCUUAUUAGUACUCAGUCUGUUUCAAAUUUUCUAGUCCCUUUGGAUUCAGUCUUGGAAGAUUGUAAGAUUGUAUAUUUCUAGGAACUUACCCAUUUUCUUUGUGUUGUCCAAUUUGUUGUACAAUAAUUGCUCAUGUUUUUCUCUUAUAAUCUUUUGUAUCUCUGUGGUGUCGUAACUUCUCUUUCUGAUUUUAUUUGAGUCGUCUUUUUUUUCUUUAUGAGUCUGGCUAAAUGUUUAUCAAUUUUAUUUAUCUUUUCAAAGAACCAGCUCUUAGUUUCAUUGAUCUUUUCUAUUGUUAUUUAGUCUCUGUUUCAUUUAUUGUUGCUCUUGUCUUUAUUAUUUCCUUCUUUCUGCUAACUUUGGCUUUUUUGUUCUUUUUUUUAAAAUUUUUAAAAAUAUUUUAUUUAUUUAUUUAUUUGUGAGAGAGAGAGAGAAAGAAAGAAACAGCAUGAGAGGGGAGAAGGUCAGAAGGAGAAGCAGGCUCCCCACCGAGCCAGGAUCCCAAUGCGGGACUUGAUCCCAGGACUCCGGGAUCAUGACCCGAGCCGAAGGCAGUCUCUUAACUAACUGAGCCACCCAGGUGCCCCUUUUUUUGUUCUUCUUUUUCCAUUUCCUUUAGAUGUAAGGUUAGAUUGUUUAUUUGAGACUUUUGAGGUAGGCCCAUAUCAUUGUAAACUUCCCUCUUAGAACUGCUUUUGGUGUAUCCCAUAGAUUUUGGUAUAUUUUAUUUUCAUUUUCAUUUGUUUCAAGGUAUUUUUUUUAUUUUCUCCUUGACUUCUUAAUUGACUCAUUGGUUGUUUAUAGUAGCAUGUUGUUUAGCCGGAUGUGUUUGUGUUUUGCUAGUUUUUUUUUCUUGUAAUUGAUCUCUAGUUCCAUACCACUGUGGUCACAAAAGAUGCUGAUAUGAUUAUAAUCUUUUUAAAUGUAUUGGGACUUGUGUUGUGGCCUAACAUGUGAUCUAUCCUGGAGAAUGUUCCAUAUGUACCUAAAGAGAAUGUGUAUUCUGAUAUUUUUGGAUUGGAUGUUCUGUAUAUAUCUGGUAAGUACAUCUGGUCUAAUAUGUCAUUUAAGGCCACUGUUUUCUUAAUGAUUUUUUGUCUGGAUGAACUAUUCACUGAUGUAAAUGGGGUGUUAAAUUUUUCUACUAUUGUAUUACUGUCUCCCUUUGAUCUAUUACCAUUUGCUUUUAUAUAUUUUGGUGCUCCUACUAGGUAGUAUACAUAUUUAUAAGUGUUAUAUAUCCGUAUUUGGCUGAUCCCUUUAUCAUUAUGUAAAUGCCCAUCUUUGUCUCCUGAUACACUCUUUGUUUUGAAGUCUAUUUUGUCUGAUAUAAGUAUUGCUACCCCAGCUUUCUUUUGGUUUCAUUUGCGUGGAAUAUCUUUUUCUAUCCCUUCACUUUCAGUCUCUGUGUGUCUGUUGGUCUGAAGUGAGUCUCUUGUAGAUAUCUGUAUUUAUUUAUUUGUUUGUUUAUUUAUUUAUAAGUAGACUCCAUGCCCAGCAUGGAGUCCAGUGUGGGGUUUGAACUCACAACCCUGAGAUCAAGACCUAAGCUGAGAUCAAGAGUCAGACAGCUUAACUGACUGAGCCACUCAAGCUCCCUGGUCUUUUUUUUUUUUUUUUUUUCCCCUUGUUCAGUCACCCUAUGUCUUUUGAUUGGAAUAUUUAGUCCAUUUACCUUAAAGUAAUUAUUGAUAUAUAUGUACUUAUUGCCAUUUUCAAAAUUGUUUCUGGUUGUUUUUAUAGUUAUUCUCCAUUUGUUCUUAAUCUUUUCUCUUAGUUUUGAUUAUUUUCUAUAGUAUUAUGUUUGAAAUUUUUUCUCUUUGUUUUUUGGUAUCUGUUGUAGGGUUUUGGUUUGUUGUUACCAUGAGAUUUAUAUUUAGCACCCUUUGUAUAUACAGGUCUGUUUAAGUUGAUGGACACAAGUUGGAACAUGUUCUAAAAGAGCUGCAUUUUUACGCCUUCCCCAAUGUUUUAUGUAUUUGAACCAUAUUUUACAUCUUUUUAUUUUGUGUAUCCCUUAACUAAUUAUUGUAAAUAUAAUUGGUUUUACUA